UUCUCUUUUCUUUCGUGUUUUUAGUUGGUUGCUAGGAAUUAUAUUUGUUUGCGUGCGCGUAUAAGCAAAUAACGAUAAUUAAAUUUUUUUUAAAAUAAAUUACUAAUAAUUUUACAGCAGUAAACUUUUGUAGAAGAAUAUCUAUACGUAUGUAAAUAUUAACUGCAAAUUUGAGCAGAUUUCCAAAAAAAAAAAGAGUUAACUGUUGAAUCAUUGCCAACACACAGGGUUAUACGAAUAAUUUAAGAAAUCAUUUUCAAGUGUAUGUACGCGUUUGAGUGUUUAAAGAAGGAAAAAUACGUUAAAUGAAUUUUUCUCACACGAAAAGUUGAAUAAAAUUAUAAAGUAUAUAUAUUUAUAUAUAUACUCGCGAAAAAAUAUCGCCUAAAAACUUAAAAUUUUAUGAGAGAGUGAUUGUCGUCAUUUAUGUGGUUUAUGUUUUACGUUCGAUGUUCGUGUAUAUUGACAUGAAUUUGCAAAUAUAGUUACGAGUAACUGUCGCAAUAAACAACAUCACCAACAACAACAAACCGUCUAUUCUCCUAUUGUGUUUAUUGUAAAACGGUUUGCCAUCAUUAACGUAAAACGUUGACAUUUUCUUAAAGAUUCUAUCGAAAAUUUAAAUCGAGAUUUUCUUGCGGACCACAUCUCUUAACGCAUGCAUGUCUUCCAGAAAUAGUCAAAAAUACAAAAGUAAUACCUCACCAAGUCCACCGUAUCAACCAAUUCCAAAGAACAUUUUGGCGGACAGUUCGGAAAUGACAAACAACAGCGAUGACAAUGGGGAGGUAAUUGUAGAUCGAACCGGCGCCGGUGCAUUGCCAACAACUUAUUCAUCUCAGCAAUUAAUGCAAUCAUCGGACAGUGAAAGUGUGGGAAAUGGCGGUGAUGGACGCGCUGCAGGUGGUGUUGAUAAUGAGGAUAAUAGAAAUCGUGGAACCCCUCUGCGUUUAUCCCAUGUCAGCCGAUCGCAAUGGUUCACUGUUAUUGUUCUAUGUUUUGUAAACUUAAUUAAUUACAUGGAUCGCUUCACUAUAGCUGGUGUUUUGGAAGAUAUUCAGAGAGAUUUUCAAAUCGAUAAUUCUUAUGGUGGUCUGCUGCAGACUGUCUUCAUUAUUUCGUAUAUGGUAUGCGCCCCAAUAUUCGGUUAUUUGGGUGAUCGUUACUCAAGGCGCUGGAUUAUGGCAGUCGGUGUCGUGUUAUGGUCUGCCACUACCCUCUUAGGUUCAUUUAUGAAGGAAUUCGGUUGGUUUAUAACAUUCCGGGCAUUAGUUGGUAUCGGCGAAGCUUCUUAUAGCACAAUUGCUCCAACGAUAAUAUCCGAUUUGUUUGUACGUGGCCUGCGUUCAAAAAUGUUGGCAGUAUUUUAUUUUGCAAUACCUGUUGGUUCUGGAUUUGGUUACAUUGUAGGAUCUGAAACAGCGCAUCUAGCCGGCAAUUGGCGUUUCGCUUUACGUGUUACUCCCGCGCUAGGCCUCAUCGCGGCAAUAUUGAUUCUAAUUACCAAAGAUCCCCAGCGAGGCGAGAGCGAAGGUGGCCAUAAUUUAAGAGCAACUGCUUAUAAAGAAGAUCUCAAGUAUUUGAUGAAAAACCGAUCGUUCGUAUUUUCUACGAUUGCUUUUACAUGUGUCGCUUUCGUAACAGGCGCUUUAGCCUGGUGGAGUCCCACAUUCAUCUACCAAGGACUCAAACUACAACCGCAAAACGAAGAUAUCGGACUAAACGAUGUGUCAUUUCGAUUUGGGGCUGUUACGACGGCAUCGGGUCUUUUGGGUGUAACAGUCGGUUCAUUUUUAUCGCAAAAAUUCGUUGAAAAGCAUUCCUUUGCCGAUCCCCUCAUCUGUGGUAUUGGAUUGCUUGUGAGUACACCCCUGACUGUGGCCGCUAUUAUUACAGUACCCUUUCUCGCGCAUGCGCCAUUCAUUCUCAUACUGUUCGCUCAAUUCAGCUUACAUUUAAAUUGGCCAAUUCUUGCGGAUAUAUUGCUGUACGUUGUGGUGCCAACACGUCGUUCCACCGCUGAAGCAUUUCAAAUUCUAAUUUCACAUACUUUUGGCGACGCUGGUAGCCCGUAUUUAAUAGGAUUGAUUUCCGAACUUAUUAAAAGACAUUUACGUUCAUCUUCGUCGAACAUUGCGAAUCUUGUUCAUAGCUCGAAUUUUGAUAGCUUGUCUUUAACGUUGAAUGAAACGAUUCAAUCCACGUUAACUUCAGAACCAAUAAUUCCACUUGCGCUUACCGAUGUUCCACAGGACAGUACGAGCUUUUAUUCGCUUCAAUACGCCCUCUUCAUUGUAUGUUUCGUUGAGGUUUUGGGUGGUAUAUUCUUCUUAAUCACUGCCGUAUUCAUAACGGAUGAUAAACACGAAGCUAGUCAAGCUGCUCAAGGCUUUAAUAUCAAAAAUAUUGAAACAACUGAAUGCGAUAAAAGUCCAACUGCUUACUAUAAAAUCGAAUUAUGUGAAAUACACGAAUUAAGGCCAAGUGUAUGAAGAAUUUAGGCAAUCAAACAUCGCUUCAGGCUGCCUGAAUUUCAUUAAAUUACAACAUCAAUAGUCCUCUCGAAAAAAGAAAAAGGAGAAAAACAUAAUGUUCAUCGUACAUAUGUGAAAUUUUUCAUAUAAAAGAUGUGCCUCAGGGGUGCAUGUUCCUAAGUUGCAAACUCACCUCCAUUGUAAUUGUCCGGAUAAUAAAUGCCUCAUCGUCGCGAAAAUUUAUAAAUAAUUUUUUUUCACUUUUUUUUUUUUUUUUUCUUAGUUAAAAAAAUAAAUAAUUCAUCUUCUUUUUUUACAAGACUUAAGUAGUUAGUUAUUUAUAUUUAAGAAGUGAUUAAGCUUUAUAAAGUAAGUUGUCAUUGUCAACGGUAGUGUAACGAAAGGUACCAUAAAUGUAUCGAGAGAUUUCCUAGACAAUAUAAGCAAAAGUUUUCAAAAAACAAAUAUAUUUGUAUGACAUACAUAUCUUAACAAAAAAUAAAAACUUAACAGGCAUAGUUCAAACAUUUAAAAAAAUAAGAAAAGCAUUUGUGAAAGCGAUUUGCUUAAGUAUUAACAAUUACUGAAAACCUGUUAAUAAUUUGUGGAGUCUUCAUUUAAAUUUCUAUCGGUUUCGCUGCUCCCUAUACUUUUGACUUUAAGAAUUCUAAUUAUCUUUGCACAUUACGCCAAUGUGACUGUAGUUUGAAGCUCCGCGCAAGAAUAUGUAUUAAAAAAAAAAA